GAGUAACAAAACCCAAACGCAAAUCAAAAUCGAGAAGCUUUCCGCUUUGAUCAAACGAUGGCGCCGAAAAAAUGUGAAGUUUGUGACAAAUCGCAGUCGAAAUACAAGUGCCCUACCUGCUUAAUACCCUAUUGUUCCCUUGCCUGUUUCAAAAAACACAAAGUAAUUCCUUGUACGAAACCAGAAUCCGUGAACGAAGAGAAAGUUCAUUCUGUUCCAGCAAGAAAUAUUGACAAACCAUGUUGUGUUGACGAGCAGAGUGAGGUGUUGCAAGAAUCGCAACUUCAGUCCAUAGCUUCAUCGAACGAUAUCCGUGAUUCCGUAAAAGAUGAGAAGCUUCAGAAACUUAUACGCGACAUCGAUUGUUCUGCAAAUCCCGAGAGUGAGCUUGAUAGAGCCAUGAAUGACGAGUCGUUCCGUUUAUUCACUGAAAAGAUUUUGUCUACCAUUGGUACAUGAAUCUUUGGGUGUUCUGACCACAGAGCCAGAUUUUGCUUUAGCGGUGGUUAUGAUGUAUCGUCAAACGUCUAUUCUGUUCACAAAAUUCGAUAGUGUUGUACAUCGACUUUCUGUUUAUGUUGUUGAUGCAGAAAACAAAAACCAAACCAAAAGAAGUUGGCAACCAUGCCUUUCAACCGGCAUUUACUUUGUCGGUAAACAUCGUUUGGAAAUUACGAUUAAGUAUGAUAUACAAUAUGAUCGAGCUU